AUGUUGAAUCCGACAUUUUCUCUGUACAGGAAGACGUUGCAGUCCUAUCCUGUACCACCGAAGAUUCGCCACUACGAUCGGCGAUGGAGUGGAAGUCGCACAAACCCAUACAAUCGUCAAUAUUGGCGCGUGAUUAUGAACGAGAACUACUCCCGUCCAUCCUUUUGGGUUUCAGACUUCCGUCACCGUUACUUGAUGCGUACAGGAACGGAUUAUCAAGGGCAGGUGCCUUCUUCACCACAACCCGGCCUCUACCAGGGGUUCAGUGACGUACAUAAAUUGUUAGCCAACCACCCCAAACCACAGAGGGAAUCCCGCCAUUUACCAGUGUUGCCGAUGACCCCACGGGUUGUCUUUGAACACGCCAAUGAAAAGCGCAUAGAUACGGCGAAGAAGAUGCGCAGGGACAGACGCAGGAUAGAGGAAUUGAAAACAUUGGAAUUUUGGGGGUGGUAUAUGAAGCUGCAGCGCGUCCGGGGCCGCUGGUGCCGGGAACAGGGCGUUUCGAGCCGUGGCGUUUAUGGACCGGCAGUGGACGCAGCGGAGUUAUGGGGUUAG